GACGUUCGAAAGUCGCAGAUGAUGCCCGAACAGGUGCGGAAGUGGCUGAGACAACAGUCAAAAGCCUUUUUUAUUCCUGGUUUCGAUACACUGGUAAAGAUGGGACCAGCUGGUGGAAGAUAUGUCGAGAAAUAAAUGUUUUUUUCCCCCCACGUUCGAAUAGCACACAUUACGUUUUAUAUCCAUUUGUGACCUAUUUACUGACCCUGUCUCGCAUUAACGUUUUUGAGAAACUUAUUCCGUCGUCUUCUACUCUGAAGACGGAGCCAGAAAACUGCUCCGAAAAUUUUGUACACUUAUAUUAGUCUACAUAGCGUCACAUCCCACAAGGCAAUAAUUCUUAUAUUUAUUGCCGCGAUAACGCAUGUGAAUUGUAUUUGGGAGGUCUCAGGCUGGAGACCGGCUAUUCUCAGUCCCUUCAGACAAACGCUGGUAUAUCACCUUAAAUUAGGCCACGACCACAUCCCUACACACUGAAAUUCAUUAUACACUCAUCAUCAUAAUACCAUUCAGUCCUAUACAAUCUGAGUUGAUAUCUCCAAGCAGCCUGGGUGAAAAAGAAAGCUUAAGUGACGUCAUUACGGUGCUUUCAUGUGACGUCAUGCGGCCUCUGAAAUGAAAGGGAAGGUAUGUGUUGUAAGAAGCAGGGCAUACCUUCACAGGAGCCUCUACCCACCGUCAGUAGGCAGCGCAGGUAUAAAACUUGAAAACUGCGAAGAGAAAAUGUCGAUGAGUAUUGGAACGCAGACGAUCCAGCCAUCUGGUAAGGACUCUGUGAACUCCAUAUUAAGAGAGCUGAGAUGUCCUGUUUGUCUAGCAUACAUGAUCCCACCUAUCUACCAGUGUUCGACGGGGCACAGCAUUUGCAAGUAUUGUAGUCCUCGCCUCACUGAAUGUCCCACCUGCAGAAAGGCACUACUUCUGGUGCGCAAUAUUGCACUGGAAAAUCUUGCCGCGGGUGUGAAUUACCCCUGUUUCUAUAGGCUAAGCGGUUGCAAUGAAGCAUUCCCAGUGCAUCACAUUGAAGACCACGAGAAGUCGUGUCAGUUUGGCAGCCAACAAUGUCCAUUUGCAGUGUUGUCGAAUGAAGUAUGCACUUGGGUGGGACCUUUCUCAGGGAUUAAAACACACAUUCAGAAGGAUCAUAAUAAAAAUGGGAACUGUGUUGAAAUAGAAAGAUGUUUUAAUGGGUUGUUGAUAAAUUUAUCUGAAAAUUCUCGUUUUAAGCAAGUUGUAUUUGCACUAGGUAAAACAUUCUAUGUGCUUUUCAAGACGAAUGGAAAUAUUUUCUUCGCUGUUGCAUAUUAUAUUGGGCCAUUGACUGAUUCUUCGAAAUAUAAGUACAGAUUUUCAUUAACUAGAAAAGGAAUAGGGACUAUUUCUUAUUGCCUUUUUACAAGAUGUUUAUUUGAAGAUGUAAGUGAAGUUUUUGACACUGGAAACUGCGUCAAUAUUCAUUAUGGUUGUGUACAGAAAUUUAUAGAAAACGACUGUUUAGCAUAUGAAAUCGAGUUUCUUCAACAUGAUAACUGUGAUGAUUCGGACAACAGUGAUGAUACUGAAGGUGAAAAUGAAGAAAACUGAAUAAUUUUAAUUUUAAUUAACAUCUGAGGUUAUGCGAAUAUUACUAAUGUGGCAUGUAAAAUCAUCAAAUACGUAAUUAUCCAUAAUACCUGGACACGAUCUUUGAA